UGAGCAGCUGCUGGCUCUGCUCCGCCACCACCUCAAAGCGGAUUCAUCCAAAUAUUUCACAAGCCAGACCACCUCCUCCUGUACAUCUACAUUACUGAUUCAGCUGGCAGUAGCCAGUCAUUUCGGAGUUUUAGUGACAGGAUCCGCAGGAGCGCGCGCUCUCAAUUUAUUUUGAAGGAUUUUCCUGGAUUUCACCGUGACUCUGGUGCUCUUGAUAGCAGCACGAGCCACCGGUUUCCGAAUUAGGAAUGUGGCAGUCGCUGUACGCGGACACACGGACGGACAAGGACGGUCCGGAGCCGCGAGCUGGAGACGCGGUUCCCUAACAGGUGCGAGCCCCACUCACCUGGAAGCUGCGCGUGCGGACAGAGUCUUACGUUUGGACAACUUUUUAAAAGGCCAAUUUACAUUUCUAAUAAUCAAAUUAAAAACAAACCCCCACGAGGAGAAGAGGUGAGAGGAAAGAGGGGCUUUUAUCGGUUUGAGAGAACCACGUGAGAAGGAUCGGAGGGAGACUCAACCCGCGUCUGGGUCGGUUUUACGCACUGGACGCACCAAACGGCUGUGCCGAACUCCUGCUGGUGUUCCAUCGCUGUCCAUCCCACAGGCGUGACUUCCAUUCGUCUCAGCGGAAGAAGAGUUCCGUUCACAUCAAAGCGCUGUGGGGACUUACCGGAGCACUUCAGCCGUUGGGAAUGGACGCACGCGCCGAGAACGGACUGGAAUGAGGACAGACUUCUAACCUACGCAAAGGUUCUGGUGAAUCCGGUCGACGUGCACGGCCAUGGACCUAUCACUUGAUCUCUGAGAAGGACCAGAUUUCCCCAAUUGUCCUCAUCUUCUUCCUCCUUGCGUUCAUUUCUUCUCCUGCAAAGCUGGUACAUUAAACUGUCCAAAACCAGUAAUCAGUCAUCCACCUGCGGUCCUGCCUUCUCUGUUUCAACAAUAAAUCAUGACAAACGUUUUUCUCGCCAGUGGCCAAGCAAAGUGGCCUUUUCUGCUGCUACUUUUGUAUCCUGCUCUUCUUCUACUCAUGAAGGGUUGGUCUGGAGCUGCCCCCUCAGGGCCGGAGUCGGAUUCUUGCUCCACUUUAGUUCAGAGUCGCUUCUUUGGCUUCUUUUUGUCUUCAUCUGUGUUCCCCACUGUGCCUUGUUCCUGGACUCUGCAGAACCCUGAUCCACGACGGUACACCAUAUUCAUCAAGGUAACCAAACCUACAGAGGGAUGCAUGCCUUCACAACUUCGCAUUUUCCAAUACGAGUCCUUCUUGGAGACAACGCGCACGUACCUGGGCAUGGAGAGUUUUGAUGAGGUGGUGAAGCUGUGUGAGGUCUCUGUCCCAGUGGGCUUUUUAGAAGCUGGCAAGCAAUUCCUACAAAUAAGGAAAGGACUUCCUCAUUCUGGAGUUCCAAAUCAAGAUGCUGAUGGGAACUUUAAAACUGAGUACCUUGUGGUGGGAAAGCGCAACCCUAGUAUGGCUGCCUGUCAAAUGCUCUGCCAGUGGCUGGACGACUGUUUGUCCUCCAGCACAUCUAACAGGCCAUGUGGCAUCAUGCAGAUUCCAUGUCAGUGUUGGGAUCCACCGCCUCAGCUCAGCGCCAGUGCUGGGUGCUUUCACAAUGGAGUUUACAUGGAACGCUGUAUAUCCAGCCCGAACGAGAAUGGAAAAGAUGAAGUAACUGCUGGUUGGAGUGUAUGGGGUCGAUGGGCACAGUGCAGCAGCGAGUGUGGAGGCGGGAUUCAAACCCGCACUCGGACUUGUCAGUCUCCUCCAGAGGAGUCUUUCUUGUGUGAGGGUGUGGUAGAGGAGGGCCAGCCAUGCAACUCACUGUCCUGCACAGGCAAAGGUCGCCAUCCCUCUCGCAGCCAGUCACUUCGCUCGCUGGACAGCCGCAAGCGUGAGGAUUCAGAGAAGCUCCGCAUUGGACAGCAGAGUCCUCAGACAGUAGACUCAGCUUCAGGAGAAGAGUGGUCAGAGUGGAGUAUGUGUUCUGCAACGUGUGGGGAGGGCUGGCAGAGUCGCACUCGUGUCUGUGUGUCCUCCUCCUACAGCACCCAGUGUAGUGGGCCACUGCGAGAGCAGAGACCUUGCAACAACUCAGCUGUUUGCGCAGUGCAUGGUGCGUGGGAUGAAUGGUCACCAUGGAGCUUGUGUUCGUCCACCUGUGGUCGAGGUUUCAGGUCCCGAACGCGAACUUGUACACCCCCACAGUUUGGAGGUGAUCCCUGUGAUGGACCAGAGAAACAGACCAAAUUCUGCAACAUAGCUCUCUGUCCAUCGGAUGGAGUCUGGAAUGAGUGGUCUGCCUGGAAUCCCUGCUCUUCCUCCUGUUCCAACGGGACCAUGCAGAGAACCAGGGAAUGCAUCGGCCCCUCCUACGGAGGCUCCGAGUGCACGGGAGAGUCGCAGGAGACCGUGAGCUGCUUUCUCGGGGAGUGUCCUGUUGAUGGAAAGUGGCAGCCGUGGUCCUUGUGGUCUGGCUGCUCCAAAACCUGUGGAGGGGGGAAGCAGCAGAGAAACAGGGUAUGCUAUGGGCCUUUUUUUGAAGGAAAACCUUGUCCAGGAGAUCGAGAAGAGGUCCGUCAAUGUAAUGAAAAGAGGUGUCCAGAACCUCAUGAAAUCUGUGAUGAGGAGAAUUUAUCUAAUGUUGUCUGGAAGAUGACUCCCGCUGGAGAAACGGCAGCAGUACGCUGUCCUCCCAAUGCCAUGGGGCUGAUCCUGCGCCGCUGCUCUCUGGAUGAGGAAGGCAUUGCUUACUGGGAUAAUCCUAGUUAUAUGAAAUGCAUUUCCAAUGAUUACCGCAGCAUUCAGACUUUAACCCGGGAACAUUUAUCCAGAGCACAGCGCGGCCUUGAGAAAGAUGGACUUUCUGAAGUGUUGACCAAGCUGAGGGUCACUUCCAGUGAUGGAACCAGCUACAGCGGGGAUCUACUGGCCAUCUUGGACGUUCUGAAGAACAUGACAGACAUCUUUAGGAGGCCAAAAUACAGCCCCAGCAGUACAGACAUGAGGAACUUUGUGCAAUCAGUUAGCAAUCUUUUAAUGGAGGAGAACCAGGAACGAUGGGAGGAAGCACAGCUGCUGGGGCCUAACAUCAAAGAGCUUUUCCGCUUGAUGGAAGACUUUGUGAACGUGAUUGGUGAGAGGAUGAAGGACUUCCAAGACAUGUAUGAAGUCACCGAUAACCUAGUUCUGAGCAUUCACAAGCGUCCAGUGAUGACUCAUGCAGACAUCAACUUCCCUGUGACAGGCUGGAAGAGCGUGUUGGACUGGGCUCGGACCUCAGGGGACAAGGUCAACAUUUCCAAGAACAUGUUCCCCCCAGACAAACCAGACACAGAAAACUCUUCGACCUUUGUAACUGGAAUUGUCCUGUACAGAAACCUGGGCAGCAUUAUGGCUAUGCAGAGAAACAACACAAUCCUAAACUCCAAAGUUAUUUCAGUUGCCAUCAAGCCCUCUCACGUCUCUCUCUCAGCUCCUGUUGUGGUUGAGUUCUCCCACCUGUACAACGGAACCACUAACCACAGCUGUAUUUCUUGGGACGAGAGUGACAGCUCCUCUCUGCUGGGAUCCUGGUCUGCCAGGGGCUGCAAAGCCGUGCUUGUCGACUCGUUCCGAACCAGAUGUGUGUGUGACAGACCGUCCACCUUCGCCAUCUUAGCGCGGCUGAACCCAGACAUGAACAUGGAUAAAAUGCAACUUCCAUCUGUGACCCUGAUUGUAGGCUGUGGAGUGUCUUCACUCACUCUGCUGCUCCUCAUCAUCAUCUACGUGUCUGUGUGGAGAUACAUCCGGUCUGAGCGUUCAGUUAUCCUUAUUAACUUCUGCCUCUCCAUCAUCUGUUCCAACGCCCUAAUCCUGAUUGGUCAAACACAAACAAGAAAUAAGAUCUUGUGCACCCUGAUCGCAGCUUUCCUACAUUUCUUUUUUCUGUCGUCGUUUUGCUGGGUUCUGACUGAGGCAUGGCAGUCCUACAUGGCUGUGACGGGUCGUCUCAAGAACCGCAUCAUACGCAAGCGUUUCCUGUGUCUCGGCUGGGGUGGGAAUGCUUAUGUGUGUCCUCUGCCUCUUGCUCCCUCUCUCUGUGUUAUUGUUAACCUUUCCUUCCUCCCAGGUCUUCCUGCUCUGGUAGUUGCGAUUUCAGUAGGAUUCACUAAAGCAAAAGGAUACGGAACACCUAGCUACUGCUGGUUGUCUUUGGAAGGAGGUCUCCUCUAUGCAUUUGUAGGACCUGCUGCAGCUGUCGUCUUGAUGUCUGUAGUUCACCCUGACCUGCUGCCAACCAGCUUCUAGUCAAGAUCCUGACAGAAGGAGCCCAUUAUUUGUUGUCAAUGUUGGGUUUGUUUUUUUUAUCAUGUCUCUGGAGAAUGGACCACAAGUUCUCAGUGGGAUUAAGGUCUGGGGAGUUUCCUAGUAAAGCCCUGCACUGAAGCCCUAGGCCCUCGGGUCAGAAUAAAUUGUCAGUUCGUCUGCAUGCGUCGGGGUAAUUCUUUCUAUUCUUUCUCCAUCAAAAUAAACGGUCAAAUACGGGAACUAUCCGGUCAACACAAGCCCUGCUUUUGACUGUUCUGUUUUCUUGUGAAAAUUGUUGGAAAGAGAUCAAAUUGAACUUGAUUACUACCAGAGCCAGGCGCACCGCGCCGUCAUCUCCGUGACGGUAAAUGAGGGAAAAACAAAUUGAUCGGAUCCUGCACGUCUUUUAACACAUUGGUCAGGAUUGACGCACUUUGUUUUCAUUUAGUUGGUAAAAAAAAAAGUUGGGCUCGGGUCGGGCCAGAGAAUACUGAAAACCUUUUCGGACCGGGUCAGGCUGGGGCUCCACCCCCUCGGGCCGGGCCGGACACGGGCUCAGAUUUUAGACCCGUGUAGGGCUCUGUUUCCUAGACUUGGACCCAACAUCAUUAAUUGUUUAUUUAUUUAUAGAGCACCUUCUUCGACCUUAUCAUCCGACAAAGGUGCUGAACACAACCAUAUAACUCACAAUAGGAACAAAUAAAAUGGUGUGUAUAGUUAAAAGAAAGAUAAAAGCUAAAACCAAUCAUAAAAACAUUAAAAGAAUGUUUAAUUAAAAACAACCAGCUAAAAAAAACAAUAUAAGAAUAAAAUAUCAAGGCUAUGUUUCAAUCCCUGGUGCGGAAACGCCAUCACAUAAAAAAUUAAUCUUCAGUCAAGACUUAAAAACCUGAAGCGAUGGUGCCUGCCUAACACCCAGAAGUAGAGCCCUGCACUGAAGCCCUAGGCCCUCGGGUCAGCCAGGCCGGACAGCCCGAGGGCCGGGCUUCGGGCCAACGACUGUGUAAUUACCUCUGACACGGGCCGGGCUGGGCGCUUUUAUUUUUAAUCAAAUUCAUAAAAUGUUUUUUUUUUUUUAAACACCAAUGCAGCAGCACCUGGCUGCUUCUCAUGCACCAGCACCGUUAACUCAGUUAAGGUCUGUGUGGUUUAUAAAUGCGCCUAUAUAAAACAAUUCUCAAACUGCUGAUUGAAACAUGUACCCCUAUUCUAAUAUGCCAUUUUAUGUCCACUUUGAUGUCAGAAACCAUUAGUUUAUUCUCAUGAAAAUGGCAGCGUUCUAUUUUUCUGUGAAUAAAUUCGCUCUGCAGUAAAAAAAAAAAAUACAGCAUUCACUGUUGUUUUUUUUUUCUAACUGGAGAGCGGCAGAUUCAAUUUACAAACGCUAAUUGGGGACGUUUAUUUAAUUUGCCGUUCUGAAAAUGCGCGUUGCAGUUGGAAAAAUACAGCAUUCAUUGCUGUUUUUUUCUAACUGGAGAGCGCAUUUUUAGAGCGGCAGGUUAAAUUUACAAACUCUAUAAUAAUUGGGGGCGUUUAUUUAAUCUGCCACUCUGAAAAUGCGCUCUGCAGUUAGAAAAAUAGAAUGCUGCUUUUUUUUCUAAUUGCACAAGAGCGCAUUUUCAGAGCGGCAGAUUAAAUUUACAAACGCAUCCAAUUAAUAUAGUGUUCGUAAAUUUCAUCUGCCGCUGGAAAAAUACGCUCUGUUAGAAAAAAAAGCUGCAUUGAUGCUGUUUUUCCUUCUUUUCUUUUCUUUUCUUUUUACUGCAGAACGCUUCUCACAGAUAAUUAGAACGCUGAGCAUUCUAUCACGCCAAAACAUUAUGAAAGGUUAAAAAAAGUCGGGCUCGGGUCGGUUCAGAGAAUCCUGAAGACCGGGUCGGGCUGGGGCUCCAUCCCCUCAGGCCGGGCCGGACACGGGCUCAGAUUUUAGGCCCGUGCAGGGCUCUACCCAGAGGUAACCCAUUCCAGAGC